CCCCGUCAUGCAGGCAGUGCUGGGGGACGAGGAGGAGCACAGACGGGCAGCAGCGCACCGUGCUCGCUUUAAAACGGGAUUUGGAUUAAAUAGCUUGCGAGAGAGCCGAUGAGCCUAACGUGCGGGAGGGAGGCAGGCGGGGAGGAAGCGGAGAGCUGAUUUUUUAUUUCCUACUGGAUCGAGAAGGGGAGGAGGAGGCAUGGAGAACGAGUUAUUCUGGUAGCAGCGCACAGCUUGUUUGACAUCGCGCGUCUGAAGGCUUCCGGCGCAGGUAAAUCUGUCUGCGCGGCGAGGAGACGAGCUGAGCCCCGGUCAGUCCCCGGCUGCAAUCCUCUUCGGCCGGACAUGAAAGUGCAGCAGGGCUGCAACUCAUCAGACAUGGGCAUCCCGAUCAGAACCGAAGAAGAGCUGCGCAAAAACACAAUUAUCACCCCCGAGGAUGUGCUGGGGCUGCAGAAGAUCACAGAGAAUUACCUUUGCUCUCCUGAGGAAAAUGUCCACAUGAUCGACUUCACGCGGUUUAAAAUCCGUGACAUGGAAACGGGGACGGUCCUGUUUGAGAUCACCAAACCUCCGACACCAGGAGGUUUAAAGCAAUGUGACCCCAACGCCGGCCGAUUUGUCAGAUACCAGUUCACCCCAGCUUUCCUUCAACUGCGACAGGUCGGAGCCACAGUGGAGUUCACAGUGGGAGACGCCCCCAUCAACAACUUCCGCAUGAUCGAGAAACACUACUUCCGCGACAAGCUGCUGAAGAGCUUCGACUUUGAGUUCGGCUUCUGCAUGCCCAGCAGCAAGAACACCUGCGAGCACAUUUACGAGUUCCCCACGCUGUCCGAGGACAUCAUGCGUGAGAUGAUCCAGCACCCUUACGAGACGCAAUCCGACAGCUUCUACUUUGUGGACAACAAGCUGGUGAUGCACAACAAAGCAGAUUAUUCGUACUGCGGGGGGCCGUAGGAAGGCCUCCCGCGCUCCUCCGAUUCAAUUCAAGACAUUUUCAGGACCAGAAACAAAUGAACUGAUGGACAAAUUUACUUGUUUUAGAUGCCCAGUUGUCACACCCCGUUAGCGCCAACACAUUUCCACUCAGGCACUUAGCUGCCUGGACGAUCAGGUCCCUCCUCCUCCGGAGCGGUGAGGUCUGAUAGUUUGCAUCAGGGAAGUGUGUGGGCAGCACACACGUCCAUGUCUACAUGCUGCUGGUUUCAGUCUGCAUAUGUGGGCUCAGCUUCAUCAUAUUCACCUUGUUGGUUGGCAGGAAUCAGCUAUGCAAGCCCGAGAAACAACAUUGUUUCUUUUUCUUUCUUUUUUUUUUUUUUUGACCGUACCUUAAUGGCAUUUUACAAAUGUAAUGGAAGAUUCAGCAACAGCAAUAGUACCUUAAAUGGAGAGAGAGUGAGAGGGAAAUGACCACACAAAA